CUCGAGCCCCUCUGCGUCAACGCAGGGCUCUCUCUGCGUCUGCGUCUGCACCUGCCCUGCUGCUGCUGCUGCUGCCCGCUGGUAUCUCGCCCGCCGGGUCCGAUAGAACCGUCUCGUGAUUCUCUCCUGGCACCAUGUCGACCCGCGAAGAACGGCUCGCCGAUAAGGCUCAGAACGAGCGCAAUAUCAAGAUCCUCAAGCAGCUGAUGCAGCGCGCCGACAACCGCAUCUGCUCCGAGUGCAGGCGAAAGGAUCCUCGAUGGGCCUCCUGGAACCUCGGUGUCUUCUUCUGUCUCCGCUGCAGCGGCAUCCAUCGGUCCUUGGGAACCCACAUCUCGAAAGUCAAAUCCGCCGAUCUCGACACCUGGACCGUUCCUCAGAUCCAGAAUAUGCAACGAUGGGGAAAUGGCAAGGCCAGCCAAUAUUGGGAAAACGAACUCCCCAGUGGAUUUAUGCCCGCCGAGAAGUAAGCAGCGCUCUCGCUGCGAUGCACAGGAUCGUCCCUCG